CACUAGAGCCGUUGGAGGACGGAGAAAGCGGGGGAAGUCUCUAGUGCGCCUGCGUGGAUAUUCCUGCCUGUGAGCGCGCGGGCGAGGUGCGGGCGGGGGGCGGUGCGUGGCAGGAAGCGGAAGGAGGCCGGGAAGGCUCAAGUAACUGACGUGUCUCUCCGAGAAAGGAGCCUGGAGUCUGCGCUCCUGCUUGGUCCUUCCCUUUUCCGCGUCGAGAGCGCCCAAGAUGGGGAGUGAGUAUUGGUGUCGCUGCUUGAGGGAGGGAAGGCGGAGAGCCGGUCCUGCCGCAGACGCCGCAGACGCCGUGGCGGGCGAGAAGCGGAGGGCGCCCGCGGAGGGGCGAGGGGCGAGGCGGCUGCAGGGAGGUCGAAGCGCUUCCGUCAGGGGCAGGGAGACGAAAUGGCGGCUGGGGAGGGAGGCUGGUGGUGGAGGAGGAGGAGGAGGAGGAGGACUCCCCUCGAAACGGGGAGGAUUCAACGGCAGGUGCGGGAACUGUCAGCUUCGUUACGGGGGACCAGUUGCCCGUUACGUGCCUCUGCCCUGCCAGGACUGCGCUGGGGGGGGGGGGGGCUCACCCGGCACUGUUUAGACGCGGAGGCUUACGUGGCCGCCCCUUAAAACGAUCCACGUUCGCUCUCUUCGUGAUCGUUGCAGCGCCGGCCUGGAAUGGCAAAUUCGGCGUUGCCCGCCACCCCGAUGAGGGAUCCUCACCCCCUCGCCCCGCCCUCCAGAUGAGGAAAGCCCCAGCCAGCCCUAAGGUCGCAGAGUGCGCCCGAGUGCGGCUUAAAUGGGUGGCUGUUUGUUUGACACCCAGGGGGGACUCUUCUAUACAUAUAUAGAUAGAUAGAUAUGAGAAGCUAGUAAGUAUUUUAUAUGGGAAGCUAGAAUCAGCUAAUAAACUGACACAAUGCAGUCUGGAUUAUGGAAGCACUUUGUCCUUUUCAUUGCAGUGCCACCCUGUAAACACAAAUUUUCUGAAUGGCUUAGAAUAGUAAUGUUGCGUUAAAAAAAAAGCAGCUCAGGGGUUGCAUAACCAUAAUGCUUCAAGUACAAUAUAAUGCUCUUUAUUGGGAGGGAAACUCUUUCAGAUAUUGUUUAUAAUAUGCAGAAAUCAUUCUCCUUUUACACACGUAUCUAAUUGUGACCCUUGUGUGAAGAUAACUUUUUCCUUCUCUUUUUGCCUCAUGCUUCCCAAUGCAAACAUGUUUUUCAUGCUGUGUGCUGUUUAAGUGUAAAGAGGGCACGAUGACCCACAGUGGAAGCCACAGUGGGCUGCUCCCGCUAUCUAUUUGCAUUCCUUUAAAAUAACUGUGGCUGUAAUGUGAUGAUGGCCAAUUUCUUGCCACAUCACUGCUAUGGGAAAUGUGUUUUCCAUUGUACUGUGCUUUCCACUUGAUAGUGUGAUGGGGUGACCACUAAGGUGGGUUGUGUAUUUGGGGGGCAUUCCUUUUAUUUGAACUUUAAAUUUGGUUUUACACUGAUGGCAUUAACACCUUUCAUUCUCUUAGCACACUAUUGAAAUAUGUGAGUUUGGGCAGUCUUUUCAUGGAAGUACAAGGCAGUUUUAAUUUCUUAGAUUUUCAUCUGUGCUACUAUUGAAUAGCCUUUCCUUAUUAUCUGGCAGCUUCAUUUAUACUUCUCUUCUUAGUUCUGCUUCUAGGAAAAGACAAAACCAAAAUUUGAUAACAUGCCUAGUAAAAAUGCAUUUUCAAAAAUUGCAUUGUUGGGUUGCUUGCAUGAUAAGCACUAGUUUGAAUACAUGUGAAGUUUCAAAGUAAUGCUAACACCAGCAGUGAUUCUAGUGAAAGUAGCCUUUCAGUUUGGAAAUAAGAUUCUGAACGUACAGCCACCUCAAUGCAUAGGAUCUCCAUUGGAGUGCAAGUGGGAAAUAGGCUUGUGCCAGUCCUGAGCCUUUGCUCAGACAGGGAAUGAAGGUUCACUGUGAUUUACUCAGGGUUAUCAUAUAGGUUAGUGGCUGGGCAAGGUUUAAAUUUGGGACUUCUAGGUUCAAGCCUAACACCCUAGCUCUUAAAUUGACUGAUAAGGACCUUGUGAAAUCUAUAUAUCUGUUCUCUUUUCAUACCUUUUUUCACAGUUAAAUUUCUUGAAGUAAUCAAGCCCUUCUGUGUUAUCUUACCUGAAAUCCAAAAGCCAGAAAGAAAGGUAAGUAUCCUUAAAUCAAUAUUUGCAGGAGUUACUGCUAAGAGGAGAGUUUGCUUAUAUUAUAUUUUAUUCUACUUUUCAGACAAAUAUUGUCUCUCAAAACAGCUUGCAUAGUUAAAAUGACAGAAAGAUACUGCUUUCAGGCUUUAUAACAGAAAAUGCACUUGAAUGAAGGGGAAAGGUACGGAAAGGGAGAUCAGUUUGGCAGUGUAAAAACAAGUUAGUGAGUUGUAAGCUGGCAUUUAUAGCAUUCUGAUCUCCCCUUACUGUUGGUCUUGCUUGGGUUGAGGUGCUGCAACUAACUCACCAGCCCUUGUUCUAUUGACCAAUGACAGAGGCUCUCCGAUUCCAAGGCAUUUGGAGCUGAGCUCUUAGGGAAGAGGGGAGGUGGGCAACCUCUGCUGCUGCUCUUCCCCUGACUGAUGGAUGGGGCCGAGCUGAUCUUCCCCCUUGCUGUGAUGCUAUUUAUGGAAAGCAGGGGGUUGAACCUUCAGUUGGCCCCUUGGUCUGCUGUCCAGUGUUAAGAAAGCUGUAUAUGCUGAAUACAGUUAGAUUGCUAAAUGUUGCCAUAUGUUACCUUGUACAUUUGUGCAGGCAUGUCUGUAACUUAAGCACAUGUGUUGGAUUCCCAGCUAAGGGACUAUACAACAUAUGUACAAGAGUACAGCAUUAGCAAUUCUAUGCUCAAAUGUUACCAAGCAACUGGAAAAUAAAUUUAUAUUCAUCUGAAGUCCUGGUUAUGUUUUCUUUUGCCAUGGUACCGUUUCUCCACCUUGUUUUCAGUGAACCUAAGGCUUGUAUUUUAACAAAUUCUUCUAGCCCCAAACACAUGGUGGUAGUGAUUUCUUUUAUAAUUACAUUUCCUUCUGUAGAUCCAGUUUAAAGAAAAAGUACUAUGGACAGCUAUCACCCUCUUCAUAUUUUUGGUUUGUUGCCAGGUAUGCAUAUUACAUUAUUUCAUACUUUCCUUUAAAUUUAAAGUUUAAACCAAAUCCAGGGAGCUAAGCCUGUGUUAAUGUAAUUGUCUUCUUUUGGAAAUUCAGAUUCCCCUGUUUGGUAUUAUGUCAUCAGACUCGGCAGAUCCAUUCUAUUGGAUGAGAGUAAUUUUGGCUUCAAACAGAGGUAAGAAUGUCUCACUUAGCAAAUGAUACUGCUAUUUACUGUGAAAUUUUAUACUUAAAUACUAAGUAGCAAAACCGAGUGGAUCUUACCACUGACUUAAGCAUUUUGAGGUGCCACUGACUUCAUUGUUAGAGAACUGAGCAACUACCUAACUUGCCCAUUGAAAACUGAAACAUCAAUGUGCAUAACUGACUGAACCAUGGCCUGGAUAUUGAAAUUGGAAAAUGGAAUUUUGGCUCAUCUCCAUGACCAUGAUGAUGUUAUAGUAUAAAAAUGGGAAUAUGUAAAUGUGAUAGUGCUCAGAACAUUUCAAGUGGCUUUGACAUAAUUCAUACAUGUUUUUCAGUAGUCCUUCCUCACCUAUGUUCCAGAAUUAUUGUAUUGUCAUUGUGUUGCUGAUUGGGGUCUGGGUUGCUGACUGUGAGACAAAGAUGCAGAAGAAUGAUGAAUCAUUUGGAAAGGAGUGGAGCUUCAGUUAUGAUCAAAUGCUUUCCCCUCCACAGUGCACAUCUUUGGCCCUCUCUACAUGUGCAGUGACUAGCUGGGAGGGUUGGCAGGAAAACUGUUUUUUUUCCUUACCGUUUAUCUGUCAUUCUGAUUUCCACAUCCAACAGGCACACUGAUGGAGCUGGGCAUUUCUCCCAUUGUCACCUCUGGUCUCAUCAUGCAGUUGCUGGCUGGUGCCAAAAUAAUUGAAGUUGGGGAUACGCCAAAAGACAGAGCUCUGUUCAAUGGGGCACAGAAAUGUAAGUAUCAGGAGACAUUUCAGAGCUUGCCAUCUGGAUUGGCUUAAUGCCUUAUGUAGAUACUGAUGAAUUGUAUCCUCUCGGGUAAUUGGAGACUAGGUUAAUUCAGUCUUUUCUUGUGGAUUCAUUCCUCAGUGUUCGGCAUGAUUAUCACCAUUGGCCAAUCUAUCGUUUAUGUAAUGACGGGGAUGUAUGGAGACCCAUCAGAGAUGGGAGCUGGAAUCUGUCUGCUGAUUACCAUUCAGGUAAUUUAUUUAUUUUUUGUAUUGGACUACUCAUUGAUUGGACCUAGGAGAUCUGUGGUUCAGUUGAGCUUCUACAGACACCAUCAUUUUAAAGUUAAGCACACUGCUUUAUCUCCUGCUUGUCCUCGCAGUAUAUAUUAAUUGAAUCUAGAAUGCAUUUGCCAAUCAUCCUGACGCUUCAUUAUUAGGCAUGGCUAAAAAAAAAAAGUAAAGGACCCCUGAACAGUUAAAUUCAGUCAAAGGCGACUAUGGGGUGCAGUGUUCAUCUCGCUUCAGGACGAGGGAGCAGGCCUUUGUUCACAGACAGCUUUCCAGGUCAUGUGGCCAACAUGACUAAACCACUUCUGGCACAACAAAACACUGUGACGAAAGUCAGAGCACACAGAAACACCGUUUAUCUUCCUGCCACAGUGGUACCUAUUUAUCUACUUACACUGGUGUGCUUUCAAACUGCUAAGUUGGUAGAAACAGGGACAGAGCAACGGGAACUCAUCCCAUUGUGCAGAUUUGAACCACCGACCUUUCAAUCAGCAAGCCCAAGAGGCUCAGUGGUUUAGACCACAGUGCCAUUUGCGUCCCUUUUAUUAGGCAUGGUAUUCUUUAUAGAAGCCUUGCAUCUCUAGAUAUAUUGAGUGCGUAGUUAGCUUCUAGGUUCCUUGUAAAUCUUAUGGAUAAAUUUAUAGGGAAGUUUUUAAUGUUUGAUGUUUUAUCGGUUUUUUAUUAUUAAUAUUCUGUUGGUAGCCGCCCAGCAUGGCUGGGGAAACCCAGCCAGAUGGGCGGGGUAUAAAUAAUAAAUUAUUAUUACUAUUAUAGAAGAUCAGCUGUUAGCCAUGAUGUCUAGGAAUGGAAAUCUCCCAGACCUGGUUGCUAGAAUCUAAGAACAAAUGGAGGAUGACUUAAUGGCAUCCUACUUCAGAGUGAUUCCUUGCUACGUAUGUUGACCAGUCUUGCCAAAAAUAGGAUAUCUGAACUGUACUAACAUUUGGCUUAACACAAUGUAAGAAUUUUCAUGCCAUAUUGAUCUUCAGAGUAACAGUUCAAUUCACCUUCUGUAUGCUGGUUUGUAGACUAUGGGUUGUUACAGUAUUUACUUUGGAACAUUAGUACAUCUCUUCUGUUUAUGGCCAAAGGGCUUUUAAGCAUUGGGUUCACUAUAAAUAAUUUAGACCUGUGUUGCUGCUUUUGUGCACUUGGGCCAUAUUGUGUGAGCUGAGCCAGUGUAGCUCAAGUGAUGGUGGUGUAUGUGGUCUAGGAAUAAUAAUAGGAAAACAGGGAUUCAGUAUCUGCACAGCUGUUGCUUUAUUGCUGGGAAGGGAAACCCCUUGAGAUGCUGUUGAACUCCUCCUAUCUACCCCAGCCAGCCAGUGGUCCAAUAUAGUGGAAGUUGUAGUCCCAAAAACAUUGACGGCCAAACUUACUUAAAAGGUGUAAAAGUUGUAUUGUACAAUCAAUUUUCCCUGCCUCCCCCCGAAAAUCCUUAGCUACAGCUAAGUUAGGAACAGCAUAAGCAGACAUUUACAGAAAGCACUGACACUUUUUAUUUCACAGCCCCUCUAUUAAAGUGAUCAGGUAUGGUUGUGGUGACUCUGGAAAAUAAUUCAUGUUUGUUUUGCAGCUUUUUGUGGCUGGAUUGAUCGUUCUUCUCUUGGAUGAACUUCUGCAAAAGGGGUAUGGUCUUGGUUCUGGCAUUUCCCUCUUCAUUGCCACUAACAUCUGUGAGACUAUUGUCUGGAAGGCAUUCAGCCCAACUACAGUAAACACUGGCCGAGGUAACCUCACACAUGCGUGUUCUUUGUUUCACUGGAAGCAUAUCAGUUCCUCAGUUAAGUGACUCGGUGCCCCUGUGGAUUGGAUCAAAAGUUGGGUAUUCUUUGGGAAAAUGUUAAAAAACCUAAACACAUACAAAUGCACACCAGUACAAUAAGGGCGUCAGUAUUCCUCCGAAGCCACAAAAUGUUGAGUGUCAAUUGGAAGAGAGAUGGAAGACUUGAGAGUGGGGAGUGAACUGGUUUGCCUGAACCAUUAACAAUUAACAGUAUCUUGACUGGCUGGCUGGAACCCUGAGCAGGAUUGCUUCUUUUUGGAGGUGAGGAUGUUCAUUUUGUUGGAGGUCUCACUUCUCCGAAGAAUUGACUGACUGGGGAAGCUACUUUACUAUUUCUCACUUGCGGUUUUUUGGUACCCUUCCUGCAUUAAAUCCAGGGACCUUUACUUAGGCUUUUUUUUUUUUUUUUUUUUGCUAUGCAAUAAAUUGAAUAUAAAGAAGAGUUCAUUCUUUCCUUUGUAAACUCAAGUUUUAAGAUGACUGCUUCAGUGAGUUUCAUUUUUGUGUGUGACGUUAAUGCAUGGUUAGAGGGGGUAAUGUAGCUCUGUAAGCAAUGAUUGUUAGUAGCUGCAAGUAAGAACGUUUAGUCCCUCCUAUGUUAUCACUGCCUGGGCUGUUAGAUCAAUUUGGAGGGGGCUUUCUCAGUGAUUGUACCCAGUCUCUGGCAUUCUCCCCAUUAUAUCCUUGAUGCAACUUGACUAGGCUAUGGAAGACAGUCUUUUCCCCCUCAGACCUUUCAAUGAUCUGCUAACCUGCUCUGGAGGUUAUGAUUGCUUUCCUGUGGUAUAUUCUGGUUUUUAACUGCAUUUUGUGUGUUUGUUGGCUUAAUUGCAUUGUAAACUACUCUGGGACCACACUGGUGAAAAGCAGUUUAUAACCUUUUAAAAUAAAUUAUUACAAAUUUUAUACAAUUGGUUCAAAAGUCAAACUAAUAAAUGUCAAAUUGUCUCCAACUAAGCAUCUCUCUAUCACUCUCUCACUUUAAGGCAUGGAAUUUGAAGGAGCCAUCAUUGCCCUGUUCCAUCUGCUGGCUACUCGCACAGAUAAAGUCAGAGCUCUCAGGGAAGCCUUUUACCGUCAGAACCUCCCCAACCUCAUGAACCUGAUUGCCACCAUAUUCGUCUUUGCAGUUGUCAUCUACUUCCAGGCAAGUAGAAUGAUGGAAUGUUACUUAAAUAUAAGCAAGAUGAUAACAAUAGCUGCUUGCUAACAGAGUGCUUGUUACAACAUUUGUGACUGGAUCCUAAGUAUUGUUCAAAAUGUUCCUGAGUUUAAACUCUGUUUCUACCAGUUUCCAAGGCCUAAUUUUUUAAAGCCAUCAGUGGCUUUCAUCCACGUUAUCUUUUGGCCCUUGUUUCUCAAAGUUCAUCCAAACUAAUCCUCGUAAGACCCUUUCUUUAUGGCCUUUGACAUCCUCUUAAUCAUUUGCAACUUUAUCCAAGCUAUAAAUGUUGUAAUGUGAUUUACCCAUUCUCUCCCUUUUUUUUCUGUACUGUUUUAGAUUGCUAGUUCCUUAGGGGAGCAGCCUGUUGUGUACCUAAAUUUGGAAAGCCCUACCUACUUAGGCUAAUAGCACUCUAUAAAUAACACCAAAGCAUGCUAUGGCCACAGCAAGUGUAUUCAUAUUGGCCUUAAUGCCUUAAUAGAUCCUCCUACGCAAAGUGUUUCUCUUUGCUUCUAAAAAGCAUUCUGCUCCCAAGUUAUCUCCCCCCCCCCCAGUUAUAAAUCAAUCAUAUACUGGGGGGAAGGGAAAGGGUUGCACUAUUAAUGGAGAUUUGAUGUUCCUGCAUAACAUUCUCUUUUAAAAACAACCCUAAUGACACUGGGAAGUGUGAAUGAUGCUGGAUGGUAUCACAUAACUUCCAUGCAAACAAAUCAGAACAAUUGCUCAGUAAGCAGCAAUCUUUAACCACUGUGUAAAUUUUGUGCAAGCAAGUCAGGGUGGAAUAUUGAAACCGGUAAUCCGGAAGAGCUCCAAGAUUACUGAAGGUUUUUAGGUUCUCUUCAAAUGCACUGUUACUAAGAAGUGUUUGUUUCUGUAUUUAACACUCACUUUUGCAACCUGCAGGGUUUCAGAGUGGAUCUCCCUAUAAAAUCUGCCCGCUACCGUGGCCAGUAUAACACUUACCCAAUCAAACUCUUCUACACCUCCAAUAUUCCCAUCAUCCUUCAAUCUGCGCUGGUGUCCAAUUUAUAUGUGAUCUCCCAGAUGCUCUCCGCUCGUUUCAGUGGCAACUUACUGGUCAGCCUGCUGGGCACUUGGUCGGUAAGUAUCCGCUUGAUAAGAUCUGUCCUGGAUCUUGCAGCUUUAAACAUAAAACCUGCUUUUUAUUUGGGCUUGUACACCAACUCCGUACAAAGUAUAAAUAAUGAGCUGAAUUGGGGUGAUUCAGGGGUUUUUGCAGUGACUAUGGGGCAGGUUGGGCUAGUCCUGGAGCAAUUUUCUCUUUCCCAAGAUGACCCAUUAAAAAAAGGGCAACCCAGAAGAACAAACUACUCACAAAAGCCAAACUCAGUGUCGCCAUGUUUCCAAAAUUAAAACAGAAUCCACUAAAACACCAUAUAAAGAAGAUGCUGAGAUAGGCUCAGGGGAUAGGUGUAGGAACAGAACUGAGCUUUAUUAUAUUCACACCUAAUGCUCCCAGUCAAGGGCUAACAGCAGGGAGGUCAUGCUAGGAAAUACCUGUUCGGCAGGAUAAAUCACCUUUGUAGAGGCUAACUUGUUGCCAACUUUCAUGCUGCAAUGUGAAAGCACAAUCCAAUUUUGGCUGGCUUUAUUUCUUAAUGCAAGUCAAUGGGAUUUCCAUGAAUGAGUAUUUUCUAGAGCUGGGGUGGGCUGGGCUGGAUGAAAUCAGGUUAACACAUUGACCCCACAAAUCAGAUUGGGGGUCCAUGCACAGCCCUAGUUUUUUUAGCACGAAUGUGCUCGCAGGAAGACUCAGACUGCAAUUUUAUACACAUCUGAAAGUAAAUUAUUCUAUAUAUCUUUUUUUAUACCCCACCUCGAGGCAGCUCGAGGUAAAAACAAGAAUCACUAAAAACAUAGGAAAAAAGCAUCAUUAAAAACAAUUAAACCUGUAUAGAAUUAAAACUAUAAAUGAGUAUAAAACUAUAAAUCGCACUGAACCCCAUGGAACAAUAGGCAAGCAUAGGAUUGUGUUGUGAGUGAUGAACGUGUAAGGUUUGUUUUAGGAGCCAAGUGGCUUUCAUACCAUGCCUUGCUGGCUUUUUGUGUCCUUGCCAGCUCCUAUAUUUAGCACUUGUCUUGCAGUAGCUAUAAUAGUUUCUCAACACACACAUGAAGAAACCUAUGCAGGUUUACGGUUGCUAUAUUUGAAUUCUGUGGGCAUAAAAGUGACCUCUGGUGGCUGCAUAAUACCUGUCCACUUAAGGCACAAUCCAAACUGUCCACUUUCAUUGCAGGAUACUUCAUCUGGUGGUCCCGCCCGUUCAUACCCCGUCGGUGGUCUCUGUUAUUACCUGUCGCCUCCGGAGUCAUUUACUUCCGUUCUGGAAGAUCCUGUCCAUGCAGUUGUUUACAUUGUGUUCAUGUUGGGUUCCUGUGCUUUCUUUUCUAAAACUUGGAUUGAAGUGUCUGGCUCUUCUGCCAAAGAUGUAAGUAAAUAACAUUGACCCCACAGCUCUGGAUGCUUCUCUCUUCCCUCUUGAAAAAACAUAAUGCUUCCCUUGCUUUGUCAUUUAGUAGAAGGUGCAGUUAGUUCUGUGUCUAGAAUUCUAUUGUCACUAAAUAUAUUUUUGGAAGGAUCAGAUCUGACUAAGGAGAAUAGGAUACAAGGAAGCAUUUUUAGUUUUAAAACAUGACUCCAUGAUGCCUGCCUCUUGCUCAAAAUGUCACUCCCUGCCUAAGCUGUUCGUCUUCCUAAGCUAGGUCUGGUAUCUUUCAAGGUUGUCUGUUUAACAAAAGAGGGAACAGCCAUGAGCUUGCCUUGAAAAAAUGGGUUUAGACCCACAAAAGCUCAUGCUGCAAUAUAUUAAGUCCUUAACAUGGAGAUGAUUCUUUCAUGUUUCAGCUUGUGAACGUUCAUAGUUCAUUUCUUAUUGCAAACCAUUCUCUUGAGGUUACCUGAAAAGAUGGUCUGCUUUCCAUGGGCAGAUAUUGAGACAUGCCUCUCAUCAACUUGUAUAUCUUUUUAGUUUGGUUUCCAGAAAUAUUUGUAAUAUUGCUACAACAGAAGUCCAGCCUUGCCAUUUUUAAUAGUCCUUAAAUGAGGAGCAUUAAAGUCUCUUGUUUCUCAUUUAUAGGCAGUUCAUCUUACUAACUGACUGUAAAAAGAUGUAAGCUUCUUUUCUCUGUUUGGCCAAUGCAGGUUGCUAAACAACUGAAAGAGCAGCAGAUGGUUAUGAGGGGUCAUAGAGAAACCUCUAUGGUUCAUGAACUCAACAGGUGAGUUACAAACAUGCAGAGAUUAAUUAUGAUUAUAAUGCUAUAUUCAGUCCAUAAUUUAUUUAUACCCCGCCUAUCUGGCUGGGUUUCCUCAGCCACUCUGGGUGGCUCCCAGCAGAAUUAAUGAUAAUAAUAAAAAAGUGAUAAAACAUCAGACAUUAAAAACUUCCCUGAAUAGGGCUGCCUUCAGAUGUCUUCUAAAAGUCGGAUAGUUGUUUAUUUCCUUGACAUCUGAUGGGAGGGCAUUCCACAGGGCAGGCGCCACUACUGAGAAGGUGCUCUGCCUUGUUCCCUGUAACCUCACUUCUGACUAUGAGGGAACCACCAGAAGGCCCUUGGUGCUGGACCUCAGUGUCUGGGCUGAAUUAUGGGGGCGGAGACGCUCCUUCAGGUUUACUGGACUGAGGCCAUUAUGCUUGCAGUGUUCUAAUGCUCUUGCAGUGUUGUAGUUUUGAUUUUUUAAAAGGUUUUUUUUGCAUGCCAUCAAGAUCCUAGCUAUAUAAGAGCCUCUGUUAAUUCCUGAGAAUACCAAAUUUCAUUUUUGUUUCUAGCUUCAUUGUUUGCUGACUUUAAUGAGCACUAUCCUUUUGUAGUGAUCCUGAGGCUACAGAAAAUCAGGGUUUACCUUCAUAGUUUUCUUACUGCUUCACACAGCAUUACUGUGACACACAAGUGCAAAAUAUAAGCCAAGGGUCAGAUUUGAAGGGCCUCCUUAAGUCACAUACCUAAAAGAUGUAUGGGGGGAUGACCCAAGCAGUCUUAAUAUUGUUGCAGUUUGAUGCAUAGUUAUCUUUCUCUGGAUUCUUCCCCUGUGUCUUAACUAUCUAGACCUACAAAACAUUUUUUUCCACUGACUCGGUGUUAGGUGUGCCUGAAGAUGCUAGUAAUGUCUCUUAAUAUCUAAUUUAUUUCCUUCCCAUUGUGUCUCUUGUCAGAUACAUUCCUACAGCAGCUGCAUUUGGUGGCCUCUGCAUUGGUGCUCUCUCUGUGCUGGCAGACUUCCUUGGGGCAAUUGGAUCAGGCACAGGAAUCUUGUUGGCUGUUACUAUCAUUUACCAGUACUUUGAAAUCUUUGUAAAGGAGCAAAGUGAAGUUGGCAGCAUGGGAGCGCUUCUCUUCUAAAUGCAUUGUCCCAUGGACCCUAGGGGAGUAUGAAGAGUGUUCUAGGAUUUUAAAAAAAUCAGGUGAAAAAGAUUAACAGCGGCAUAGUAACAUGGGCACACUGCAUUAAUAGGAACACUUAUUUUAAUGUUUUCCAAAGCACAUUCCUUUGGUUCAGACUUUGUUAAUAUUCAGUUAAUGUUUUAUAAAUCGAUGGAAAAUGUGCAAAAAAAAAAAAAACUUUUUAGAAAAGAAGGGGUUUUUUUGUUAAUUAUUGCUGGAAGCAACUUCUAAAAUCUGGUUUAGUUUUGGUUAUUUACUCUUCUCUGCCUCUCCCUCUCCCCUGGUCCUAUCCCAGGAUUUCUCGAGCUUUUCCAACUGCAGUUUAAAGUGGCACAAUUGAGUGACAUCCAAUGGUGUUGGCUUACUUGUGCAGUGGACUUCAUCCUUUCCAUGUGGAACAUCCCUUUCCCUACUCCCCAUGCACUCCCAAAAUUGGGUCCAAGAGGACUGCUGGGAGAAGGGGAAGUCAUGUCUAUCUGUGUGAUGUUGGAUUUCUCCCUAUCUCUUUGGUAGCGAGAGAGAUCUUUCCCACCCAUCAUCCCAGUACCUAUCUAUUACUUGUCAUGAGUACAUUUCUUCACUCUUCCUCCAGGGUACUACAAAUUUUGGGACUGCCAGAUAUCUCAUCAGGUACUCUGGGUCUUGUGCUUCAGUACAGACUGUUGGCUUCUGACUGUUGCCUCACUUUUGCAGGUGAUACGUUCUUUCUGUCAGUAGAAAACUCACAUCAGGCCUGCUUCAUGGGAAGAAAUAAUCAAGCCUCAGAAUUGUACAUUGAACAAACACAGACCUUUUACGAGUAAUUCCACACAGAAAGCCUGACAUUUCCAAGAUGGAUGUUGUCUGUAUUCUUAUAUCCUGAGAAGAACAGUGUGCUACAGUAUUUUUCCUGGAGGUUACCAAACUCUUAAAAGUUCUUAUCUGCCUUCACGUUAAAUAAGUUCUGUCCUAGCAGCUAUGAGUGCUACAGUCAUCCUGCUUGCUGAAGAAUACACAAAAGCUGCUGCUUAUAAAACUUGCAUAUCGCUCCAGAACAUUUUUUUUACCAACUUUUUUUCUGGAACUCGUGACUGCAAAUCAUGCACGUUGAUGCCAGCCUUAGAAAUACCUUCCCUAUCUCUCACGAACCUAGCUGGAGAGCAGUGAUGGCAUUUCUCUGAAGGCCUAAUGGCUUUUGCUUAUUUCCAGGACAACUCCUACCAAAUAGGAGAAGUAGCCAUAAAGUCUUUAAGGAGUUUUGCCCCAUCUUUAAAAUUCCUUAAAAACUCAACUUCUGUUAGGAUAUAUUGGUGGUUGUAAGGUGUUUUGUGUGUAUUGUAUAGGACCAAAUAAAAACACUUGGUAUAAAAGGAAGCCUGCAAAUAAAUUUUCCCUUUGUCAAGGUGAUACUUGCCUUGCUCCCACUUGAAAAGGGAUAGGGCUGAAAGAUUCUCUUCUACUGCCAGUCCGUAUCUGUCUGCCUAGAUUUCUUAACUGGCAUUUAAAAUAUGACUGUUUCUACCUUGACAAAGGCCAUCUUCCCCAGACAAGAACAAGCAGGCACCAGAGUUCUUGGCCUCUGAGCCAUACCAUUCAACCAGUGUUCAUUUGACAGAACAGCCUUGCUAACAGUGUGGAGGAGAGUACUCAAAUGUACUGUAAAUAUGCUGCGGGCAGUUCAAAGCAGCUGGUGGCCAUUGCAAAGGCAGGUGUGGGUUCAGAUUUGUAGGUGCCGAAGCAAGAGUUUUUCAAUGACUGCAAUUGAACUAGAAUCCUCCUGUUUCAGCCCGGAUAUACUUUGGACAAUUGAUCCUUAAAAAAUAAGUCAAUAACACACUUCUGUGCAUCAUGCUUUCUGUGACCGGAGUCGUCAUGGUUGUUUUGAUAGGUGCAGCCUGAAUGAGGGACUUGAAUUAAGAGUUUAAGAGGAAGUGCUUGCUCAAGGUGCUCUUGAAAAUGAGGUGAUGCUUGGGUUUCUCUGUGAAAAUGGCCACACCAGUUUUCAUUCCAAUAUCUCCAAGGCAAAUACUGCAUUUUUCCUUUCUACCCCCUCCCCAUUUUGAAAAGGUUGAACUUUAAAACAGAUCAUAACAUGCAUAAAGGUGCAAACCAUGUUUUAUAGUGAUCUCUCCAGUUUUGCCUGCUGAUGCAUUGUGCUAUGGGCUUCAUCUUUCCUACCCCCCUUGAAAAAUGAGACUUGGCAUUCCUUGUAAUUUUUAUAACACUGUGUUGUAUCCAACAGUGUUACUCAACUGAUGUGUGGUUUCUGUCAAUGGAAUGGGGAGGGAAGCUAUUUUCAGCAGUUCCCUCUCCACAGAUCUACUGCACAGGGUUGGAAGAUGCCCCAGAACAAGUGUGGUUGCAGACAGAUGAAAACUGUUUCUCUCCCUGUUCCACUGACAUAGGCCUUAACCAUCAGCUGUGAGAUAUUGCCCUCAUAUUUCAGAUUGAGUGGAUCAAGUUAAGAGUAAGCGGCUUGCUAGCCUCAUGUAUUACAUUGUGAAGGUGACAUUUGAGUCAGCUUGAGUCAAGAAGUCUCAUGAGCUCAGUAGGUCUUGCUUCCAAAUACGGUCGCUUGGAGCUCGGAACGCCUUGGAUCAUGAACAAAUCUGCUCCCGAACGAUCAAAACAUGGAAGUGAGUGUUCCGGUUUUUGAACGAAUUUCGGAAGCCAAACAUCUGGCAUGGCUUCUGUGGCUUCUGAUUGGCUGCAGGAGCUUCCUGCAGCCAAUCAGAAGCCGCACUUUGGUUUCCAAACGUUUUGGAAGUUGAAUGGACUUCCAGAACAGAUUGUGUUCAACUUCCAAGGUACGACUGUAAUUGGUCAUAGGGUUGCCAUCAAGGCCUGUACCCGUUCUGCCUUCCAUCAUUUCCCAAAUGGGUCAAGGGGUCAAGCUGGGCUUUAUCCUUAAAACACAAAAUAUCCAAUGCAUUCAUUAAUUUUUCAUUCUAAAAUUGCUCCAAGGCUUCAGACAAGGAUCUUUCCCUAGGGCUACCCGCAUGCAAUCAUUGAUUGCUUAUUUAAUUUCUAUACCACUUAAUAUAUUAAAUAAUAUUUUUAAAGUUGUGUGGGGAAAAACUGAAGCAACAACAGAACUUAACACACUACUGUAUUACAAAAACGUUACAUAUAGAAAUGUUACAUUAGCACAAAGUUACUGAUAUAUAAAUAUCAGUUCAUUUCCUUCUGACACACCUCUCUGCUUCUGGGUUCUCACUCAGGGUUCAACAAAUUCUCACAAUGGGAAGAGAUCUUUGAAACAGCAGACAUCACCUGGUCUGACUUGACUUGCAGGCCCAAGGUGGAUGCUGCUUUCUCAGGCUGCCCACAACUAUGUCCCUUUCAGCUACACCCAGUUCCAGGUACAGCAGGUUUGUUGAGUUUUCCAGCAAGUCCAGAGGAUGGGGAAAGAGCCCUCCUCCACUCUCAGUUCUUUCUCCACCCUUUGUCCUGUCUGCCACCUCCAGCUGUUUUACUCUCCAAUGCCAGGGUUUGCUUUACUUGUGCUCUACCGCUGAGCUCCAGGCGCUUCUCCAUCUCCAUACAAAUGAUAGUUUUGCACUGUUUUCCUUCUCACUUUGAAAAUGGGUUUAAAUGGACCUGUAAUCAUUUUGAAAACGGGCCUGAAAACCUAAGUUCUCUUCUGUGCUUGGAGAAGAAUAAAAUUAGAAGAUAAUGCCUGAAAUGGACCCCGUGCCUCCUAACAUUGUGCAUGGAGUUAAAUAAAGAAUAGCUUUAGAGCAGGGAUGCCUAAUUCACAGUCCUCCAAAUAUUGGACUACAGACACCCAUCAUCAUUGGCCAUGCUAGCUCAGGCUGAUAGAAGUUGUCGUUAAGAGCAUCUGGAGGGACCCAGGUUAGCCAACGACACUUGAAAUACUGUGAACAGUUCUGGUUACAUUGCCUCGAAAAGGACAACCAAACGGAUCAAGGGAAUGGAGCAACUUUCCUAUAAAGAAAGGUCACAACAUUUUAGUUUAGAGAAAAGGCAAAUAAACGUGAUAGAGGUGUAUAAAACCAUGCACAGUAUGAAAAAGAAAAGACUGGUCUAAACCCUAGGGCUUGCCGAUCAGAAGGUCAGCGGUUUGAAUCCCCGUGAUGGGGUGAGCUCCCGUUGCUCGGUCCCUGCUGCCAAGCUUGCAGUUCGAAAGCACGUCAAAGUGCAAGUAGAUACAGUGGUACCUCGGGUUACAGAUGCUUCAGGUUACAGACUCUGCUAAGCCAGAAAUAGUAUCUCGGGUCAAGAACUUUGCUUCAGGAUGAGAAUAGAAAUUGUGCUCUGGCAGCACGGCAGCAGCGGGAGGCCCCAUUAGCUAAAGUGGUGCUUCAGGUUAAGAACAGUUUCAGGUUAAGAACGGACCUCCAGAACGAAUUAAGUUCUUAACCCAAGGUACCACUGUAAUUGGUACCGCUUCGGUGGGAAGGUAAACGGCGUUUCCGUGCGCUGCUCUGCUUCGCCAGAAGCGGCUUAGUCAUGCUGGCCACAUGACCCGGAAGCUGUCUGUGGACAAACACCAGCUCAUUGGCCUAUAGAGUGAGAUGAGCGCUGCAGAGUUGUCUGCGACUGGACCUAACAGGGGGUACCUUUACCUUUACCUGUUUCUCAUAAUACUGGAAUUUGCAACCAUCCAAGGAAGCUGAAAGUUGCAAAAUUGCAAACUGUAGAAUUAUCUCCCACAAGACAUAAUGCAUAGCACCCAAGGCUGGCCAAGUUAUUUUGGCACCUGAGACUGAACGUUCCAUAAACACCUCCCUGGCAGACAGUGCGCAACAAUACAUGAAAUUCCUAAAAAAUUGUUUCUCUUGUAUUACAGGCGUGUUGGGCAGCUGAUGGGGAAUUCUGAUUGAUCUGUCUAUGGUCUCCAGUUUUUCUUCCUCUAUUACUUCAAAACAGAAUAGGAAUCCCCAGCUUUUAACAUGUUUCCUGCCUAAAGAAGGCUGAAGUUUGUGCCCAGGCUCAUAUUGCAAGCCACCUCAUAAUGGCGGUAGACAGAGGGAAGGCAAGCAGCUUUCUAGUAGGGACCUUUUUGCCACGAGCUUGGGAAAUGGGAGAGUCUAGCUAACAAAGACAUCCUUGAAAAGGAACAUUCAAAUUGCAACACACGAGUAUCCACUAGAGGAUGCUGUUUUAUUGCAGUUUUAAGUUCCUUGAUGCUAAUAACAAGUAAGCCAAAUAGAUCUAUGCUGCUACCAGUACAUAUAUUUGCCGUCAGUAGGGAAGUAAGAAAUGGAGAAUAAUUUGAAAAUUGCCUCACGCUGCCUUGGUGAUCAUACAGUAUUAAGUCUCUUGGAUUGCUAUGCUGCCAGCUUCCUAAACACCAUGUUUGAACUGAAAGCACUGUAUCCUGUCUUAAUAGUUCUGUGUCUGCAGUUUCUAACUUCCGUGUUGGAUCCAUUAGUAUUUUCUCUUGAAAAGAAACCUAUAGUUGUUGUUUUUUAACCUCCCUGACUUUGUUGACCCUUGUGUAAAUGCAAAACGUGCGUAGAACAUGUUCAAGAGCAGCAAAAGUAACUCUGUGACCCUAGCUGGUACACUCCAUUACAUUUGGGGUCUUCAGCUAAUUUGGUGCUAACAUCAUCUCUACCCUCAAUCCUAUUUUGCUAUAAAUCCUAUUUUGCGUGCUC